GUUGGACUUUCGGCGUUCAUUUUGCAUAGUGCAUUAUCCUUAAAUCAUGAGUGUGAACCUGUGGAUGGCAUCGUUCGUGUAAAUAUUGUGAAUAAAUCUCUAUUUAGAAGUGACGAGGGAGAAGACAAAGGAGGUCGUUUACCUCAACGCUCCAUCCAUUCUUAUAUUUUUGAGAUUAAUUAUCAUGUUUCCACUGUUUGCAGGUAUAAUGGUGUUUUGAUAUCAGAACUUCCUGAAACUGAACUCGACAAACUUGGUGAAAGCUCAAACGAAGAGGUGGAUGGAAAGAUAUUAUGA